UCCCUGGGCUUUUACUCCUACAGCUCUCUGCAGUGUAAUUGCUAACAGCUGCUGGGGUGAGAGGAAGUGAAUCUCUGUAAACGCUGGCUGGAGACAGUGAGAGUAAAAUAUGCUACAAAGCUGAGUUAUUCGGGUGGGUGUUGGACAGCUGAGAAGACAUGGAAGUAGAAGGCAUAAGUGACUUCAGAGCACUCCGAGCAAAAUUUCAAAAUGAUUCCAAUUUUUCAAAUACUGUGCCACAACCACUCAAGAAGCCUCCUGCAGAAAGUUUACACCUACCAAGCUCUGACACUAAGGGUGUGUCCAGUCCCAGAAUCCUGAACCAAGGGAAAGUGCUGGUGUCAGAACAAAAGAGAGAACAAUUUUGUUCUGCUGCGCAUAGCUCAGAGCUAAUGCAAUCCAAACCUUUCGUAUUGCCUAGAGUCAAGCAUGGCAACUUGUAUCGAGCAGAGAAGAAUGAAGAUCCAAAGAAUAAAGUGUUGGAGGGAGCCUUUUGUGGAGAUGCAGCUCCUAGAGGGGAUUCACAGAAACCCCGUCCAACUUCUUGCAUUUAUCAGCAGGCAUCUGUUAAUGCAAAUUCGGAGGAAGAACUGUUAAACUCCUUCCAUCAUACUCUGCAGAUCUGGGAAAGUGCUUCAGCUCAGAAUGACAGAAAGUCUGCAGUGCUCCCACCACCACAGUGUAUAAGUGGGAAUCAUUCUGCUCAGCCACGCGUUCUGAACACUACCCUAGGAGCAGAAAGCAACAAAAUUAGAAGUGCUGGGAAGGUGCAAGUACUGGAUUUAUCUACCCAAAAGAAAUCUCUCCCAGCUAGCAGAACACCUAUACCGCCCCAGACUUCAUCACCUCCCCAUCCAUCCAGAGCUUACAAGAGCCCUGAGCAAAGCCCUACGACGACUGGAUUCUCUCAGCUUGCUUAUGAUCCACACAAGCCAAGUGAGACCUCUCAGUAUCUGAAAGCAUCAGAACCCUUCCUCCAUCAUGCUGGCACAGAAAGACAACUUGAUGUCAAGGAUAGCAAACCUCCAAAAGUUAAACCACUUCCUUCAGUUGAAUCUCUUGGUUCCCCUCCAAAGAAACCUCUGAGGCCCCCAAAAGUGAAUCUCAGUGCCUUCCGGCAGUCAGCUCCACAUGUCAGCAGAAGAAAUGAAACCGCUGCUGUAGAAGAUGACUACAUGGCUCCUGAAAAUGCUGAAUCUGAAGAAUUACAUAAUUAUGAAGAAACCAUAUCGUACGUGAAACAAUCUGGGAACUCUACAACCUCGUGUGCCAUUCAGGAUAUCGCUGACUUAUCUAGCACGGGAAUCCAAGAACACAAAAAGAAGCAGAAAUCUUUUCUGUUUGGCACAUCCAGCACUGAAAGAGUCACAGAGAAUGAAAAAAAGGAAAAAUUGAAAUGGGAUCUCGAUAGAGAGAGGCAACAGCAAGUGAAGAAAACGACCAAGAUUAGUGGUAGUGAGGAUAUGCUACAUGAAUCACAAAUACAUCAAGACAAUGAAGGUGAGAAGAACAAGCUACAAGUUAAGCAGAGAGAUGCAACUGACGUCAUCCAAACUGGGAAGUGGCUGGCAAAAGAUGAAGUAGAACAUUCUCGCUAUGUGUGCGUGGGCGCCUUGAAAGCGGAUGAAGACAUGGUGGCUUUGAGUCAAAGGAUUCUGAAGCCAGUGCCGACAUCAGAGGAUGUGUAUGAUGAUGUAGAAGAGAUAGAGCGUGCCGUGAAUCAAGCCUCUGAUGCCUUUACCUCGUUCACUUCGGAUAGCUUUUCAGAAAACAAGGGUGACGAAAUAUAUGAGGAUAUUCAUAAUGGGGAUUAUAAUCCAAUCAAACUGGAGUUGGAUAGAAUAGAAAAACUAAAGCAAUUUGGAAAGUUUUUCAAGAAAGACAUAAUUAAACCGAAGAAUGCCAAGAUGAAGGAAAACCGCCGCAUAUUGUCCAGUUCAGUACCAAACUUAGACGUUGUGUCCCAGGGAAACAUGGCAUACGAUGACAUUGAUGUGGAUCAAAAAGAUGGAAAAGAGAAGGAUGACAAACACAAAAAUUGGAAGCUAAAAUUUCUGAUGCCAAAAGAUAAAGAUCAAAUAAGAAGCAGUGAAGAUACAGAAAGAAACUUCUUCAAAGCCAAGAAAUAUAACGUAGACAAGAGAAAGAAGAUGGCAAAAGAAGAGAAGUUAUUUAGAGAGAAAUUUAUGUACAAUAAGGAAAUCACAAUCAUGAACACAGCAGUCGCACGCUGUUCUGUCGCAAGCAAAGGGAAACUUGAUUUACCAACCACCACCGGAGAACAACUGGAUGUUAUUGACAUCACAGAAAAGAAUCAAGUAAUAUGUCGCAAUUCUGAGGGCAAAUAUGGCUAUGUGCUAUUGAAGCAUUUGGAUUUCAGACAUUAAUAUUGGUCAUCUGACAGACAGCCUCGUCCUAUGGAGUCUUGUGGUGAAUCUACUUUAAGCUUCCUGAAGAUGGUGCAGGUGUGCCUAUACGUGCCAAUUGUGGAGAGCGAAUAUGAAUGUAAAUUAGAAGUAUGGGGUUUUUUUCCAUUUAAAAGGAUCUAUAUAUUUUUAAAAGAUGAAACACCCAUUGAGUGUGUAAUAGUGUACAAAAGGUAACUAGUGCAACCUGUUCAGUGAAUUAUCCCUCUGUUCACUUCUAGUGUUGCUUAUUUUGUACAAGGUCUACCUAUAGGUAGACAUUCAAUUACCUUACCUGUGUAUUCUUCUACAGUGUAUGUAGCUUAGAAUUUGUAGGGUAGGAUUCUUAAUAUUUACUAGGAAUUCACUGGGCAUUAUGAUUGCGUGAAGUCUAUCUUCCGACACUGUUAAGAAAGUGACAGUAACAAAUGUAAACUUCCCAAAGGAACUUUUGAUGCACUUGUAUGUAAAUUAUGGAUUCUUAUGACUAAGCUAUGUUUUUGGAUUUGAGCCAGAUAUUGAGUUGUGAAAUAUUUGGUACUGUUGUUGUGGGGUUUAAAAGCCAUAUUAAUGGUAGAGAAGUUACUUGUAUCGUUAAGUAACAUGAAUUUUACAAGUAGUUUUGUAAAUAAAACACUAAUGCAGAAUUCAA